AUUUCCUUUCCUGCCUCUCACUCACUAACAGGAAUGAAGCCACGGACAAGUGCUCUGUACACUUCUGAUGAUUUUUCUGCUCAUUAUUGGAUAGAUGUGAGAGCACAUUGGCGUGUCUUAUGUUUCCAUGAUGAGUCUGAAGCACAGGAAGUUCUCGCUGGACAGCUCUAUGCUCUCCCAGGAUGCAACAGGAGGCCACAGCCAUCGCAGAGGCUCCACCCAUUUUCUCCACAAGAAACACAGAACAAGUCAUGAGGAUGUUGAACAGGAUAUCCAGGAACUAAAUCAAAAUUCCAACGGCAUCAGGGAGAAGACGGAGGAGGGCGUCGAUCGGAUUGAUGGGCUCAUCAGGCACCAUAGUUUCUCAAAACACAAUCGAAGCUUCCACAAAGUCUUCCAUGAAAUCCCAGAAGAAGAGAAUCUUACACAUACUUUUGUUUGCUCCCUGCAAAAGGAAGUGCCUUACCAUGGAAAACUUUUCAUCUCGGAAAACCACGUGUGUUUCUUCUCAUCCGUGCUACUCAAAGAGACCAAGGUGGUCAUGCCCACAUCCAUCAUCACUGAGGUGAAGAAACUAAACUCAGCUUUGUUCAUGCUGUCCAUACAAACUACUGAUGGCGACAAGUACUUUUUCAUGUCUUUGAGGAACCGAGAGAUGUGCUAUAAUCUCCUCCGGAGUGUCUGCUCACAUGCUCAGGGAGACAGCACCAAAAGUAGUCCUCUUGGCUCCUCUGCUGAGAAUGAAGCUGAGACCAAUAUGCAGGUCUCCAGUCAUUCCAGCAUUGACGACACCGUGGAUCAGGGACAAUAUGGCAGAAGUCUUGAUGACAACAUCCUUCAAUCAGCCAGUAAACCUACGACAGCAAGUUCCACACGAAGCAUGUCUACAACAGAAGAGGCGGACAAUGCGUCAACAAGGUCGUGGAAGAUGAUGGAGGAUGCCAUUAUGUUCUUCUUCUCCCAACGACAAAGUGGGAACUUCAGGAUGGUCUUCUUCAUCUACUUGAUACUGUUGGUCCUGCUGCUGUUGGUGUCUGGCUAUAUCGGGCUCAGGAUGUUAGCUUUGGAGAAGCAGCUAACUUCUUUGCAUGAGCUGUCCUUUCUCUACAAAGAACAUCAAGAAACAUAACCAGGAUCAACAACCACCAGCAGUUUAUCCAUGAUUCACUGUGUAAUUAAGUGUUUUGACCUUUAUGACGACUGGGCCUGUGGCAGAUCACAAAAGCUCAGUUUGAGAAACAUAGAGGGUAGGUUUUCUUCACCCAAAGUAAGCAAUUAAAGUUUUUUGUUUAUGUUCAGAAAGAAAUGUUUGCGUCCGGGGAGAAAUGAGCGCUUUUUUACUUGGAGGUCAAACUUGGCCAGUAGAGGGCAAUGUUUCCGUCCUAACAAUAGCAUCAGCAUAACGCCCGCCCUCCAGUUUAUUAAUUUCAAUUCAUUUUGUCAUUGUAUUUGUUGCCAAAAUUUGUAAAUAAAUAACUUUGUUACACCCUG